GUCAUCAUUGAUUUUGAUAUGAGAAGUUGUUUCAAGAGAUGAUACUACCUGCAUAUAACCCACGUGCAGAACAAUGUACAGGAGCAUUCGAAAUUAUAAUCGAGCUUUUAUCAUAUGCCUAUUUUCGCUAGCAGAUGAGAUUUUCGAAACUUGUAACUCGGAUUAAAGGUUCCAACCAAAUUGUCAAGCGCCAAAAUCUUUCUUUUGGCUGCCUCAGUGCAUUUAUUUUCUAAUCUAGCUAGUGGAAGGUACACAUUUGAGAAAUCUGAAUCGAGUUGAAAUUCAAGAAAGAGAAAGCAAAUGAGGAAUCUUAUUUUAUUGUUAGUUAAUCGGCUGCCUCAUAACUGCAUUGGCUUUCUUAAACUUUUCUAUGCAGAAUGUUUGAGUGAUACAGUUUGCAACUCUGAGGAUAACAAAAGGUGCUUAUUUGGCUGCAGAUAUGAGCCCCAUGAACUUCUGCAAUCUGUAAUGGCAAUUGACAUCCUCUUUGGCUCGAAUAGAGCUCAAAUCAUAAGAUAAUCCGAACACAGAUAGGUCCUUAUAUUGUGCCCGCUUUUUGUUCAAAGGACUAAAGAUUAACAAAUAAAGUCAUGGAGUUCAACCCACCCAAUAACCCCGAAAAAACACUAAAGCAUUUUCCAUUGACUCCUUUCAGAAUUUUCAGGGGCGUGCUAUGUCUUGCAGUUUAUCUUUCAACCGCGUUCAUGUUCUUAGUCUAUUUUGUGCCGCCAGUUUCCAUAAUACGCUUGUUUAGUGUACAUUACAGUAGAAAAUGUGUAUCCCUCUUGUUUGGCUUGUGGCUUGGUUUAUGGCCCUUCUUUUUCGAAAAAAUAAACCAGACGAGGUUCAUCUUUUCUGGGGACAGAAUCCCAGUCGAAGAACGUGUUCUAAUAAUGUCCAACCACAGAACAGAGGUCGACUGGAUGUAUCUGUGGAAUCUUGCACUAAGGAAAGGAUGCUUGGGAUACAUAAAGUACGUUCUCAAGAGUAGUUUGAUGAAACUUCCGAUUUUCGGGUGGGGAUUUCACAUCUUGGAGUUUGUUCCAGUGGAGAGGAAGUGGGAAGUUGAUGCGCCAAUUAUGCGCCAAAUGCUUGAUAGCUUUGCUGAUCCUCGGGACUCAUUGUGGCUUGCUGUUUUUCCGGAAGGAACUGAUUAUACUGAACAAAAGUGCAAAAAAAGCCAGAAGUUUGCCAUUGAAAAUGGAUUACCAAUACUGAAAAACGUGUUGAUUCCAAAAACCAGAGGUUUCUUCGCUUGUUUGGAGAUCCUAAGAGACUCCUUGGAUGCAGUUUAUGAUGUGACAAUAGCAUACAAGAACCAGUGCCCAUCUUUCCUGGACAAUGUCUUUGGCGUGGACCCAUCUGAAGUACAUAUUCAUAUCAAACGCAUUACUCUCGAUAAAAUCCCAUCAUCUGAAGACGAGGCUGCCACCUGGCUUAUGGAAGCAUUUGUUCUAAAAGAUCAGUUGCUUACUGAUUUCAUUGUAAACGGUCAAUUCCCCAAUCAAGGAACUGAAAAACAGCCCUCGACUGUGAAAUGCGCUGCUAAAUGCGCGGUUGUAAUAGGUUUUACGGGUGUCUUCAUUUUUCUAACAUUUUAUUCGUACGUUUGGUUUAGGUUAUAUGUAGGUUUAGCUUGUGUGUACUUGGCUUGCGUUGCGUAUUUCAAUAUUAGACCUGGUCCUGUUGUUGGUGCUCGAGAUGCAAUAAGCGAGGAGAAAAUGUUUUAAGUAAUUGGACGAUUAUAGAACAGCUUUGGUAACUUUAAUUUCAUUUUGUGAUGCAUAUAAACAUCAACAAUUCUUCUGUUACGCUUGACAGUCAUACUGUUUCAACAUAUGUAAUAUACGUGGAUAUUUUCACACUCAAUCAUACUUAAGAAUACUUUUU